AUGACGGUGCCUCUUCCCUCCACUCCUCCGCCCCCUCGGGAUUUCCUCACCGAGUACUCUCUAGGCCGUCACUUAGGCAAGGGCGCGUUUGGCGAGGUCUUAGAAUGCACGCAUAACGCGACGGGUCGCCAGUUCGCCUGCAAGAGAAUCGACAAGCGAUUAAUCACCUCCGAGUCGGACGCCGCGGAAGUGCGGAAGGAGGUCGCGAUUCUGCAGCAGCUCACCGCCGCGGGCCCGAGCCGCCACGGCGGAAUCGUGCAGCUCGUCGAGGCGCUAGAAGACGGCGCCGCGGUGUACCUCGUUAUGGAGCUAUGCGAGGGCGGGGAUCUAUUCGAGCUGAUCAAAUCCGAUCACGCGGCGGGCAUGCCGGAGGACAUGGCGCGGGAGAUAUUCCGCCAGGUGGCGGUGGCGGUGGCGUACUGCCAUGCGCGCGGCGUGCUGCAUCGCGAUAUUAAACCCGAAAACAUCCUCUUCACAGGCCCCAACCAGUCCGCACCCGCUGCAGAUUCCUGCGCGGAAUUCGGCGCAGAAUUUGGGGCCGCGGAAUGCCCGCAGGAAGAUUCCGAGGAUUAUUCCGCCGCCGCGUGGCGCUGGCGGGUGCGCGUGGCGGACUUCGGGCUCGCGCUCUUCCUCCCGCACGGGCAGAUGGGGCACGGCAUGGCGGGGAGCCGCUUUUACACCGCGCCGGAGAUGGUCCGCGGGCGCAAAUACGGCAAGCGCGCGGACGUCUGGAGCAUGGGCGUGGUGCUCUGCGCCAUGCUCACGGGGCGCGUGCCCUUCGCGGGGAAGGACCGCGCGGACGCGGAGGGCCUGCGGAGGUCGAUUCUCCGCGGGGCGAUCAACUUCUCCGCGCCCGCGUGGGCGCCCGUGAGCACGGGCGCGCGCGACCUCGUUCGGCGCAUGCUGGAGGUGGAUCCGCGCAGGCGGCUCAAGGCGGCGGAAGUGCUGCAGCACCCGUGGGUGCUCGGGCUCGAGCUGCCGGAUCUCACGGCGGCAGAUGCGGCGGCGGAUGUAAUGUCGGCGGACCCUGCGGGAUCCGGGGAAAAGGUUGUUCCAGUGAAAGCGCAAGCGGAAUCAAAUCUCGCGGUAGCGGAAUCAAAUCUCGCGGUAGCGGUAAAGGCGUCGUGUCCUGUGGAUUCGAAGGAAGCGGGAGAAGUGGAGAGAGAGAGGAGGAUGAAUGCGAAGGAGAAGGAGUUUCAGCAGCAGACGGAGCAGCAAGCGGAGGUUAGCACCCGGGCGGUUUCUAGCAGCGCUGCUCCUCCGCCCGUCGCUCCCCCAGCCUUUUCUCCCCGAGCUCCACCCACUGCCCCACGCGUCGCCUCCCCUCUCCGCUCCGCUGCUUUUCCCUUUCGCCCUGCGUCCCCUGGUCGUCCUGUUGGGUCUCCAAUUCCCAUUCGCCCCAUCGCUCAGCCGCCUCUUGGUUCCGCUACAGAGCGAUUCAAUAAGGUCUGGCAGCAACAGGAUCGCCCGCAGCAGCUCCCAACGUGCCACCCAACCACCCCGCCCCCUCCAUCACCAGUCUGCACCGCUCUCAAAACCCCCUUUCCUCUUUGCGGAAACGCACCUCCCCUUGCCCCGCAACAACCGCUCAACCUGCCCGCACCAGCAGUUUCUUUCUCGGGCUGCCCGUCGUUCAACUCCCCCUGCCCGUCACAGUCCUCCGCGUCUCAGUCCACCCCACCCUCCUCCGCCUCUCGCUCCUCCCCGUCCCGCUCCUCCCCACCUCCUCUCUCCUCCUCUCUCUCCCCAUCGCUCUCCAACUCCACCGCCACCUCAGCGUCAACUUUCACUCGAAUGGAAGCAGCAGACAUGGAUGAUUGCGGCAUGGCGGAUGGGGCUGGUGGCGUGGAUGGCAUGGCUGCGGAUGGCAUGGCAGGGGACGCGUCUCUUUCCAUUCCGCUCAGCCUCUGCCCGCCGCCCAUUGCUGUGUGCCGGAAAAAGAGCCGCCGGGAGGAGUACGAGGAAGCUUUUGUUCCUGGCUCUCCCUGGUUCUCCCCGCGGCCUCUACCUCUCACCCCCGCCCAGUUGACCCACAAGCAGCAGCAGCAGCUGCACCAGAAGGGCAGGAGGGAGGAGUGUGAGGAAGCUUCCUCGGCUUUCUCACCCUGGUUCUCCCCUCGGCCUCUCCCGCUUGUCGCCGCCCCGUUUUCACAUGAGAAGCAGCAGCAGAAGCACCACUACCAUCAGCAACAGCAGCGGCAGCAGCAGCAGCAGGUGCAUUGCCCUGUGGGGUCAUCCCUGUCAGGGGAUGAGUUCAGCAACAACAGCAACAUGUGCGGAGCCUCCUCGGCUCUCUCCUUCCAAGCAGCUUCCCGCUGCUUCAUGGCCUUCAAUCCCUGGGGAUCUCCGUGCAUCCACACCAUGCCUGAUACCACCACCACCACCACAACCACCACCACCACCACCACCACCACUGGUGGUUCCAGUGGUGGCAUUGGAUUCAGUAACCAUGCUCCUGAUUCAGGGGUUGAAGUCCCGGCAGAGGGUUUCAAGAAAAUUCCCCUGCAGUCUUUGUCGAAUGAGAACCAGCCGCCUGUUUAUGUGGCUUGGGAGAGUAGGCGCACAUGUGGCUUGG